AUGCGACCCCAUGUUUCUGGAUGUUACGAAACAACUGUGUCAAAUGGCAAUGAGAUAUGGCAAAGUGAAAGUGUUCUAGUAUUUUACCUUCCUAAUUUUGCAGCUCAAGUUGCUUUCACAUUGUUCUGUAAUCGUGGUUUAUACUACCUCCUUAGACCCUUCAAUCAACCUCGCUUCGUUGUUGAGAUAUUGGUAGGUCUGAUGGUAAGUCCUGAAAUACUUGGGAGAUACAAAUUUUUCACAAAUUUGAUCCCUCUAAAGUCGGUGAUAACGAGUGAAACGAUAUCCUAUUUGGGACUUGUUUACUAUGUUUUCCUGGCUGGUUUGGACAUGAACUUGGAAACUAUCAUAAAAGCAAGAAAGAAAGCUACAAGCAUUGCUGUUGCAGGAACUAUAAUUCCAAUGGUAAUAGGGAGUGCAGUAUAUACUUUACUUCAAAGCAUGUACACUGGACCUCCUGAGUCUUUGUCACAUUACAACACUCGUAAAGCUUAUAUGUUUUGGACCUUAAUCUACUCUGUCACAGGUUUUCCUACUGUUACUCAAAUCGUUACAGACUUGAAACUCCUCUAUACAGGUCUAGGUAGAGUUGCUUUAACAGCAGCAAUGAUGACUGGCUUCUUCAAUUGGGUUAUGUUUGCAUUUUUGAUUCCUUUUGCACUCAAUGAACAAGUUGCUAUCUAUUCAGUGCUAAGUACAUUACUAUUUGUCCUUGUUUGUUUCAUCGUCAUUCGCCCUUGUCUGGUUCAGUUAAUCGUUCGGAAAACCAAUCAGAAUGAGUGGGACAAUUACCAGUUGUUCUUUGUUGUUAUGGGAGCUUAUAUUUGUGCAACUGUUACUGAUAUUCUUGGUACACACCCUGUUGUUGGAGCUUUGGUGUAUGGAAUAAUGUUACCUUCCGGUAAAUUUACUGAUUUGUUGAUAGAUAAGACAGAGAGUUUUGGAGUUGUUUAUCUUGCUCCACUUUUCUUUGCUAGUUGUGGUGUAAGACUCCAAAUAAUAGAUGUCAUACGAUCUCAAGGUUUGGUCCUUGUAGUUCUAGUUGUGUUCUUGUCAUGCAUCUCCAAGAUUUUAAGCACUGUCCUAGCAACUCAAUUCUUUGGCAUGCCUGCUCUUGAUGGUGUGGCUAUUGGAAUUCUUAUGAACACCAAAGGCAUCUUACCUCUAAUAAUGCUCAACAUUGCAUGGGACAAGCAGAUUUUGAGUGAAGAGUCUUUCUCAAUUACAUUGGUAUCUGUUAUUCUAAUGACAGUAGUAGUGCCUCUUAUCAUCAAUGCCAUAUACAAACCAAGAAAGUUAUACAAGCAAAAUAAGCUUAGGACGAUACAAAACUUAAAGGUUGAAGCUGAGCUGAGAGUUUUGGCUUGUGUCCACAACCCUUGUCACGCUACAGGAAUGAUCAACAUCCUUGAAGCUUCCAACGCCAUAAAACUCUCUCCUUUACGUGUGUUCUCUCUUCAACUAGUUGAAAUAACAGAAACCACAACAUCCCUUUUAGCAGCACACAACAACCAACAACAAAGUGGAUCACAAGCCCCCUCAAACUCAGUACAAGACUUAGAGAGCAUAACACGCAUUUUCAAAGACUAUGAAGAGCAAAAUGAAAACGCUAGUGUUGAAACACUUUCCGCAGUUUCUACCUAUUCAACCAUUCACAAAGACAUACAUAAUGUGGCACAGGAAAAGCAAACAACAUUGAUUCUCCUUCCUUUUCACAAACAAUCAAGUAUACAAGGUGUUCUAGAAACAACCAACGAAGCAUUUAAAGACAUAAACCAAAAUGUGAUGAGAGAUGCACCAUGUUCUGUUGGAAUCUUUGUUGAUCGCGGUCUUGGUUCUUUGUUCAAAGUGAAUUUACGCAUACUUAUGAUUUUCAUUGGCGGACCUGAUGAUCGCGAAGCUUUAGCAUUUGCAUGGAGGAUGUCAAAGCAUCGUGGAAUUCAAUUAACCGUUGUGAGAUUUUAUUUGUUGGGAGAGACUGCUGAAGUUGAUCCAUUACAACAAUCAGAAUCUAAAGGACUAUUAUCUACAGUGUUAGAUUGGGAAAAACAGAAGGAGUUUGAUGAUGAAUAUGUGAGUUCUUUUAGACUCAAAGCAGUGAACAAUGAAGAUUCUAUACAUUAUUCAGAAAAACAAGUUAAUUCUUGGGAAGACAUUCCUGAAGUGUUGAAUGAAUUGGACAAAAGUGGAUAUGAUUUAUACAUUCUAGGACAAGGGACAGGUAGAAAUUCUUUGGUCUUGUCAGAUUUAGUGAAAUGGACUGAUUGUCCUGAACUUGGACUUAUAGGGGACAUGGUGGCAUCAAAUAGUUUUGGUUCAUGUUCGUCACUACUUGUUGUACAACAAUAUGGUUUUGGAGGGAUGGUAUUUGAGAAUACUACUCAACAUCAUAGUCAAGUGUCUGCCAACGAUGAUGAUAAUAGUAGUAGCGACUCUGAGACAGUUUAUGUGAAGAUAGAAUAA